AUGGACCAAGAUAAUGGUCUUGUCGAUCUGUGUUCAGAAAUAGCGCCCAAAUUUUUGGAGCAAACAAAAAUUCGGAAGGUUGGCAAAGCCGUUGAAUUUGAAUGCGUACUCAAAGCUCAGCCAAUUGGUGAAAUCAAGUGGACAAAGGGUGGUGUGGCCAUCAACCCUGGAGGCCGAUACACCAUCAAUGCUGUCUCUAAUGGCAGCAACCACGUGCUCACUCUAAAAAUUGCAGACGUCAACGCCAACGACGGUGGUGAUUACCUUGUUAAGUCAAGUAAUUCCAGUGGAGAAGCCUCAGCUAAUAUAAAACUCAAUCUGGGUCACUCAAAGCAGCUCAAAGCUCCCAACUUCCCAGAGAAACCUAUCAUCAGAAAGGAUGCAGGGACUGGAGAGAUCGUUCUAUGCUGUAAAUUGGAAGGAAGUCCUAAACCGGAUCUAACGUACUUUCUUAAUGAUAAACCCAUCUCCCCUCAGCCAGGAAAGUUGACCUUUGUUUACAAGGAGGUCGGGUCCGACCUAUAUGAUUGCGAAAUUCGCAUAGCCACUCCAACGCCAAAUGACGGUGGAGCCUAUAAAAUCACGGCAACUAACUCAGUCGGUCAAAGCAAUGCGUCAAUCAACCUUAAUCUCUCAACAAAAGCAUCGAAAGACGAGCCACCGCGAUUUCAACCCUCUUCAAUUCGUAAAGAAGGAAAAACAGUUGUUAUUGAAGCUAAAUGCACUGGUGUGCCAGCCCCUACAUUCACGUGGACAAGGGGAACAAUAGAGCUUAGUCCGCGUACCGGAAAAUUUGAAAUGACCAGCUCAACUGAUGGCCCGGUUUUCAUUCAAAUUCUAAAAAUUAUUAACUUCACAGAUGCAGAUGCUGAUUUAUACACUUGCCACGCGAAAAACAAAACCGGAGAAGCCAAAGCUACUCACUCAUUGAAAGUGCCGAAGGUGCUGUCAGCUCCAACAGUCAUCUAUAAGUUGAAUCAGGCAAUAGUUGAGCUUAUGUUGGAAGGUGACCAAGCACCCACAAUUACUUGGAGAAAGAAUGGUAAAAUUAUCACUCUUGAGAGUCGCUUCAAACAGGAUAUCAAAAUCGAGGGUGGAAAAGUGAUUAUCACCCUCGCGGUCAGCAAUCUGACAGAAGCUGACAAUGGAUCAUACGAAUGCGAAAUAACCAGCCCCUACGGGUCCACAAAAGCAGAUUUCUUAAUUAAGUCAGUAGGAGGUAAACAAGAUGGUAGAGAAGAUGAGUUGCCGAAGUUAGCCUCUAAGCCGUGUGAUGCGUCGGAAGAAGUUGGUGGUACUUAUUCAAUGAAGAUAAGUUACAUCGGAUCUACAGCUCCGGAUGUUAAAAUACUACGCCGAGGUUUGGAUGUAUCAACGGAUUCCAGAGCCUUGGUAAAAGUCGAUCCUACAACAAAAUCCAUCAGCUUCAUUAUUCGUAGCCUCAAACCAGGCGAUGCUGGGUCUUAUACUGUUCAGUUAUCUUCACGUGGAGAGCAAUGUGAUAGCGCAACUUUCCAACUUAAUAUUCAGGAAAAAAUGGAUAAUACAGGAGCAAACGACGCGACCCCAGAGCUAUUAACUACACCAAAAACAGGUAGUCGGCGGCCCUCGGAUACCCGGGGCACAUCGCCUAAGCCGAGCCUUCUUGACCCAAAACUCUUGGAGCAGCAGUUGCAAGCAAGACGUGAUUCUGCGAGCAGUAGGCGAACUUCGCUGGCUGAUGCAAUUCCGGGCUUCCCCAUGCUCAAACAUCGAGCAGCUCCAAAAGUUGAGAAAGAAAAGUUUACUGAGGAAUUGAAAGAUGUAAAGGCGAAAGAAGGUCAACCAAAAGCCGCAAUGAAGUGUACUUUCGUUAAAGCAAACGCCCGUUUCCGGUGGUACAAGAAUAAGCUCGAAAUCUUUCAGGGUCCAAAAUACAACUUUCUCCAAGAGGGUAAUGAAUAUGCCCUUGAGAUUAAAAAUAUCGCCAUGGAGGACGCAGCCAAGUAUGCAUGCAAAUGCAAUGACAUUUUAACCGUCGCAACCCUUUAUGUGGAAGAGCGAAAGUACAAUUAUUAUUUCAAUCAGAAGCUACCCAAAACUGCGGAGGUUGUACGAGGCAAAGACCUCACUCUCGAGUGCUCUGUCUCCGAUCCCCGGGCCCCUGUUUCGUGGUAUCACAAAGGCAACAAACUUGAGUACGUGGCUGGAAAGAUUGAACUUAAACGGCGAGAGAAUCGGUGUAUCCUUAAAAUCUGUCGAGCAAAGCCGGAAGCUGAAGGUGAAUACUGCUGCAUGGUUGAAGGUGAUGAGACCUUCGUAGACGUCGCUGUUGAAGAUCCUGAUUGGUACUUUAACCGUGAAUUGAAGCAGCAGACUGCCCUUGAAACUGAUAAACUGGCAACUUUCGAGUGCGAAGUCUCGGACCGUGACGCUGAGGUUCAGUGGUUCAAAAAUGACGAGCCGAUAACUGCUGGUGAUAAGUACGAGAUUGUUUCGGAAUCCCGACUCAAACGAAUCCUCAGAAUCAAGGAUAUUACAAUGGAGGACGAUGCAACUUACACGUGUAAGGUAGCAAAAAAAACCACGUCAGCACGUCUUGUUGUCAAACCGGAUGUUGAAUUCAAGCAAAAUCUCAUUGACACGAAUGGAAUAGAAACAAAGAGCAAGGAGUUAGUGUGCAAAGCAUACAACCCUAAGAAGUACCCUGUAACUUGGUAUAAGGAUGGUGUAGAGAUAACUUUCAAUGACAGAAUUUCGACCAAAGAAGCCGAGGGGUCGCUUUUCCUCAUCAUUAAAGCUCUGGAGAUGGAGGAUGAGGGCGUUUACUCCUGUCGUAUUGGAGCCCAUGAAACCAAGGGCAAGCUCGGGGUUACCGAGUGUGAGAAACCUCCAACAGUCGAUCUCGCCAAUUUCGAUGACUAUAUAAAAUUGAAGAAAGGUGCACAAUUCGCUUCAGCUAUACCGUUCAAAGGUUUCCCUGUACCAAAUAUGGUAAUUUUACGCAAUGGACAACCCCUUCCAGAGAAGGUAAAUCUCAAGGCAGUUGUUAAAAAUGGAAUGGUGAAUGUAACUAUGGAUGAUGCCCAAAGAGCUGACGUUGGUGACUAUACCAUUAAAUUAUCCAACAGUAUGGGUGACGUUGAAAUUCCCUUUAAAAUCGAUGUCUACGACCGUCCUAAACCACCUAAACCUCCGUUGGAUGUAUGCGACCUUUGCGCUACUAAAUGCACCCUCGUUUGGGAUCCUCCUGAAGAUGACGGCGGUCGUCCGAUCACCCAUUACGAAGUAGAGGUUAAAGAUGUAACUGCGGGUGAGGACUGGAAACCCGUCAAGAACGUAAAGGAAUGCACAUGUGAUAUUCCCCUCAAGGAAGGCAAUAAAUACAAAUUCCGUGUACGAGCAGUUAACGACCAGGGACCAUCCGAUUAUAUCGAAACAGAUAAAGAGACAUUGGCACGAGAUAUCUGCGAUCCUCCCGACCCCCCAGCUAAUCUCGAAAUUGUGGACUAUGAUGAGAAGCGCAUUGACUUAAAAUGGGUCAAACCUAGAAAAGAGAAUGGAGCUCCGGUGAAGAAUUAUAUUAUUGAAGGUAGAAAACAUCCAGAUGGAUCUUGGGUCACUAUGAAGGAGACACCGGACACAAAAGCAUCUAUUCCAUGGAAAGAAGGAGAGACAUAUCAAUUCAGAGUUACUGCAGUCAACAAAGCUGGCAAAUCGGAACCUUGUACUGCAACCGCACCAACUAUUGCUAAGCCCCGUCUGCUGAAACCUUGGAUCGACAAAUCGAACAUCCAGAUCGUCAAAUUGAAAUGUGGCCAGCCUUUUGAGUUGAAUUUGCGAUACAGAGCCGAGCCUGACCCCGAAGUCAAGUGGUUUUCUGGCGAAACGGCGCUCGAAUCAAACAGCGAGUAUCAAUUGAUCUUUAAUCAUCGUGACACUGGUGUCAAGGUGGUAGAUGCUCAGAGAAAGCACACUCAACUUUACAAAUUGGUCGUUUCCAAUGAGGUCGGCUCUGACGAGGCUACAAUUGAGGUCGUGGUGCUUGGCAAGCCCAGUCGACCUGUCGGUCCAUUGGAAGUUUCGGACAUCACCAAAAACUCGUGUGUUCUCAAUUGGAAACCACCUGAAGAUGAUGGCGGUGAGCCUAUUCAGUAUUACCUAGUCGAGAAACUGGACAAGGAAAAGGGAAAAUGGGAAAAGGUCGCAGAAGUCUCUCGUGGAACUACCUGCAAUGUUCCAAAAUUAACAGAGGGUAAUAGAUACAUGUUUCGUGUCAGUGCAGUAUCCAAGCUGGGUGAAAGCGAACCCCUAGAAACUGAUUCCGAUAUAGUCGCCAAAAAUCCAUACGAUGAACCUGAAGCUCCAGGUAAACCAGAGAUUGUGGAUCAUGAUAAAGACCGUAUUGAUAUUAAAUGGGAGCCGCCGGAGUUCGAUGGAGGAGCUCCAAUUACUGGCUAUCAUGUUGAGAGGAAAGAACCCAAGUCGAAUCGUUGGAGCAAAAUCACUCUCAAGCCUGUUCCAGUGCCAGAGUUCACGGACGGUACCGUAACACAGGGAAAGGAUUAUCAAUACCGAGUCAUUGCUAUAAACAAGGCUGGACCCAGCCCUCCUAGUGAACCUAGUGACGUCGUCACAGCCAAACCUAGUCGAGAGGCGCCAAAGUUAGACAAAAAUCGCCUUCGUGAUUUGCUUGGACCUCGCAACGAGAUUCGAUUGCGUGCUGGUGAACCGUUGAGUAUUCCAAUUCCAAUCACAGGCGCACCCAAACCCACUGUGUCCUGGACCAAAGAUGGUGGCAUAGUACCCCAAACAGCCAAAAUCACUGAUACUGAGGAACUCGCAGGAAUUGAUAUUCCAUCUACAGUCCGUGACAAACCUAAACCACCUCGUGACUUGGAAGUAUCGGACGUUUUCGCUGAACACUGUAUGUUGAAAUGGAAGGCACCCGAAGAUGAUGGCGGUACUCCAAUAACAGAUUACAUUGUUGAAAAAUGCAAUGAGUCAACAGGUAUUUGGGAACCAGUCACUGGAAUCAUCAAAGACAAUCAAGUUCACGUGAGGAAUCUUCAGCCUAAACAGCUCUACAACUUCCGUGUCAAGGCAGUAAAUAUGAUAGGCGAAUCUGCCCCAGUUCAGACUAAAAAUGCAAUCCUUGCUAAGAAUCCUUACGACCCUCCGUCGGCGCCACAAGAAUUUGAAAUCGUAAGCUACGACAAGCGGUCAGUCACUUUUGAGUGGAAAACACCUAAGAGCGAUGGUGGCAAUCCUAUUAAAGGCUAUCAACUAGAAAAACGUCUUCUUCCAAGAGGAGACUGGAAGCAAGCUACAACUAACCUUAUUCCGGGACUUAAAACAACCAUCUCUAAUGUUGACGAGGGUAUGACCUACGAGUUCAGAGUAUGUGCUGUCAAUGACGGUGGCCCGGGAGACUAUGCCCAACUCGAUAAGCCGCAUACCGUAAAGGACAUGAUCUUCCCUCCCGGAAGCCCAGGCGAGUUAAAUGUGGACUCUGUGAACAAGAACGGCGCUAAGUUAAGUUGGAAACCGCCGAAAUCCGACGGCGGUGCUCCUGUUACAGGUUACGUAGUAGAGAAGCAAGAUGAGAAUGGUGACUGGGUUCCAGUUAUGGAAACGAAGGAACCUUCAGCUUUUGUACCAAUGAAGGAAGGUGAGACAGCUCCAUUUCGAGUUCGAGCAGUUAAUAAGGAGGGUGCUGGUGAACCUACUCGUCCAACUGCACCCCUUACUGCGGAAAAUAAGCCCACUGCUCCGCAUAUUGCUACACCUAAUGACGGAGUUAACAGCGGUCCUGGUACAGGAGUGGGUGGACUACAAGAUAUAACCUUAAAGGCUGGUCAAGAGUUACGUUUGCCAGUGGCCUGGUUUGGCUAUCCCAGACCAUCGGCUAAUUGGUCAAUAAAUGACAAACCAGUCAAAGCUGGUGACAAUAAUGCUGAAUUGACCGAAGAGGACCCUCCUAAGCCAUCCACACAUUCGCCCACAGCAGAACUUGAGCAAGAACCUGGGGGAACAUUCGUCCUUCGGGUUGCUAAAGCUAAACGCGCCAACAGCGGCCAUUAUCAAAUUAAGAUAGUCAAUGAUCAGGGACAAGCUUCGUCUUCUUGUCAAGUAACAGUCAUUGAUGUUCCAGGAGCACCAACUGGUCCACUGGACGCAAUCGAUGUGAAGGCAGAUGAAAUCACUCUUCAGUGGAAACCCCCGGUGGACGAUGGAGGCGAACCUGUUACCAAUUUCAUCCUUGAAAAACGUCUUAAGGGAUCGGAAGGUUGGCAGACGGUGAGCGCUUUCCUGAAGUCUCCCACUGCAACUGUUCGGGGUCUGGACGUUGGAAAGGAGUACGAAUUCCGUGUCAAGGCGGAGAAUAUUAUGGGCGUUAGUGAACCUCUUCAAACCACUUCAGCAAUCAAAGCCAAGCAUCCCUAUGGUAAAUGCCUUUUCCCUUUGGCGUAUGAUCAUCACCUUAAAGUGAACUUUAAGCUCAUGUUAACCUUAUCGUGA